AUGUAUAAAGUUGUCCAAUUCACUUGUUUAAUAGGCCUCGUUGCGUCCCUGCAUGCUUCGAUAAUAUCUCCUCGAGCAUCUGGUCCGGCGGUCACCAUCCAAUCUGGGACAUUCAAAGGAAAUUCAUCAGGUGUGAUUGAUGCAUUUUAUGGAAUCCCAUAUGCUGCCCCACCUCUAGGUCCUCUGCGCUUCAAACCACCAACACCGCUCACUAGGAACUUUCCUGAUUUUGAUGCCACGCGCCAACCUCCGGCUUGCACUCAGCAUGGUAACCCGGCGGGAAAAUUGACCAAAAUGCUACCUAUAAAGGUACCUGAGGUCACAGGUCAAGAGGAUUGUUUGACACUUGAUAUCAUCAGGCCCAGUGGAGUGAAAAAGGGUGACAAGUUACCAGUAUUUUUUUGGAUAUUCGCCGGAGGAUUCACAUUCGGUUUCUCGACUCAGAACAAAGGUGAUAACCUUGUGAAAAAAAGUGUGGAGAUGAAAAAACCAAUGAUCUUUGUUGCCAUCAAUCAUAGGCUCAAUAUGUUCGGUUUUCUGGGCGGAAAAGAAAUCGCGGCUGAGGGAUCAGGUAAUUUGGGAUUGCUGGACCAAAGAAUGGCACUUGAAUGGGUUCAGGCCAACAUCGCAGAGUUUGGGGGAGAUCCAACGCAAGUAACGAUAGGUGGUGCCUCAUCUGGAGGGAUGUCGGUUGUCUACCAAAUGAUGGCAAACGGUGGAAAUCACAAAAACUUGUUCAGGGGCGUGAUCUCCGAGAGUGGAUCUCCUAUUUCUGCUGGCCGCUUGGCCGAUGGAAGCGGACAGUCUGUUUACGAUACGAUUGUCAAAGAUUCAGGAUGCGCUGGUACACCAAACACAUUGGAAUGUUUACGAUCCGCCGACUACACCAAAUUAACCACUGCGAUGGCAAAGAUGCCAGAGUCCGUCCCUGGUUACCCAUUCAUCUUGACAUUUUUUCCACGGAUCGAUGAUAAAUUUCUCACCAGUUCUAUGGAGGAUGCAUUGUCUAGUGGUAAAGUUGCGAAGGUAUCAAUCAUAUCGGGCGCUGAGGAUGAUGAAGGAACAGGUUUUGGAAUCUUGUUAGGAACAAAGCUCAACCUUCCGGACGAUCUUAGCAAUAAGCUCAAGCAUCUUAUGCCAGCCAUGACCGCUCCUCAAUUGGACAAGCUCCUCACGUUAUACCACUCUGAUGACGUUACUCAGGGUUCACCCUUUAAUACGGGAUAUUUCAAUGUUUUAUCACCCUUUUACAAGCAGUUCUCCGCCAUCAUGGGUGAUGUCGUUUUCCAGGCUCCGCGUCGAUUGCUUACGCGCUCCACCCAAGCUGUGAUGCCAAGUUAUGGAUACAUUGAUCGUGGCUCCAAGAGUUUACCUUAUUUAGGUUCUGCACACGCUAGUGAGCUCACGGCCGUUUUCGGACAAAUGCCAGGCCCUCGUACCAACGAUUUUCAAUCUCGCUGGAUCAGUUUUGUCAACGCCCUUGACCCCAAUUCAGCUGGAUUACCACGUUGGGAGCGUUAUGGAUCAGGAGGAGGCCAAGUCUUGGAAUUCAAGGAUCUUGGUUCAUCAGGUACAAUCCCAGAUGAUUUCAGAGCGGAUGGCACCAAUUUCGUGAUUGAAAACAUGAAGGCUUUGAGAAUCAUUGCUCCAUAG